AUGAUGUUUGUGUUCGCCAUGGUCAACGUGCCUCUAGACCCGACGAUUGUGCGCCGGAUCUGGGAUCGGUUCAAGGAACAGAUGAGCGACGAUCUGCCACGUUUCCUGGCGCUCCCAUACCACGAGAAGACCAUGGCGGAAUAUGGCCUACAGGGACCAACCAGGGAUUGGCAUUUCCUUAUUGGUCACCGUUUCCAGGAAUUGCAGGAAGAGCUCUCCAACGAUAGGAAUCGCUCUCAGGCCGAUUUCGACGAACUCCAUGCGCAGAUGGAUCAGGGCCAGGCAAAUGUCGUCGCCGAGGUGGUCGCGCAGAUCGAGAUUGGGUCCGACCGAUGCGCGGUACUUCUUGCAUGGUCCAGGUGGGACUGGCAAGACUCUCCUGUACCGCGCGCUUUCUGCGUACUACCGAGCCAAGGGGGAGACUGUCCUCCGCGUAGCAUCUACCGGACUGGCUUCUCUGCUACUUCCUGGAGGUCGUACGGCCCAUAA